ACUCUCUCCGUUUCAGAGAGUUGAGAAGUCCGAAAGCCGAUUAUCGGGCGGAGCCGCAGGCAAGAAUUGCUUUGGGUUAAUCCUCUACAGGAAUAUCGCAAUGGGAUACGUGCAGGAAGCCCGAGAAAAUCACGUCAAGAAGAAGGUUGAAGAAGCUUUGCGCAGUAAAAUGAAGCAGAAAGCACUUCAACAAUGCAAUCACUACACUGCAAAGUAUGCUGAAUGUGCCUCAGGAAGAACAUUAUCUGUUGUUUGGCAGUGCCGCAAACAAGCUAAAGAAUUAAAUGGGUGCCUCCAUCAGUAUACAAAUGACUCUGUUUUGGAAGAAAUGAAGAAAGAAUACAUGCUUCAACAAGACCGGAAAGGAACCACCUAGAGCUUGAGUUUCACUUUCUUGGUACUUACAGUUUGUAGCUCAAAACAUUGUCAUUGUACUUUCUGCUUGGUCGUGUUAUACUGGAAUUGGGCCUCAUUUGUUUUUUUAAGA